UGCAGUGGGGAGAAGCGACAAGGUAGGCUGUCACUCUGCAAAAGCUGCUCGGAGCAGGCUUUCCUCUCCAGAGCAGUGCCCUUCCUAAUCAGAAAGCCUGGAUCCGAAUGCCGUCUCUGGAGACAAGAAGCCUUCAGUAUGCUAAAUUACUUUCAUUAUGUAUUUUCAAAUGCUUAUUGACUCCACAGUAGGAAGAGUGAGAGGCUGCUGCAGCCGGGAAGCAGCACUACACAUUCUAUACAUUAGCAGGGCUGCUGAAACAAUGGCACGGUACUGAUACAUUUUCAUUAAGGUCGUUUGGAAGAGAUUUUUAGAGCCCUCUUCCCCAGCCCUGUACUUUCAAAUCAACAGAAUGAAUCCAUCAAAACUGGAAAUGCUUCAACUCCAUCAGGAAGUCGUCAAAUCUUUAGCAGAGGGCCCACAACUAAUUCAGUAUACACAACUGACAAUUUGAAGGAUGCAACUGAUUGAGAGGCUCCCUAGCUCUCUGAACCACAAACUACUAGAUAUUCUUGUAACAUAUGAUUUUAAGACACUAAGGAGUUAAAGCCUCAGAUUAGCUGUGCUGGAACUGAACAAGCUGACAGCAUCCCAAGACGAUGCUACAUAGAAUAACCACGAAAAGAAACAAAUAGAACUGUAAAAGCCUGAAGACCAACUGGUGAGCGUUUUAAAAGGAAGAUCUCACACUUUAAUAUAGCAGAAUUAUGGACACUACUGAUUCUGCAAGAAACAGUAAAGCAAAAACUUCAAAAAGGAGAGAGAAUGCCAUGACGUACCAGCAAGCAAAAUGAAGCUUUAGCAAAUGUUUUCUGCACUAUUUAGAUAUUCAUAUCAAUUGGUAUGACUAAUAGAUUUUUCCAUCUGAGCUUUAUGACCAAUUAUGCAUCCUUUUCUAAUGAGAACAAACCGAAUUAAAUAGCAGAUGGUUUUUAUCAAAAGAGCAUGUACUGGAUUUAUAAUAUAAAGCAAAUUAUGUGAUCAAGAAAUCAUUUCAAAAUAAUGAGAACUGCUGCAGAAACAGCCUGAAAACAAAUGGAUACCUAAAUGCACUUUAGAAGCUAGAAACAUUAUGUUUCCUUUUCUAUUUUCACGUAUUCUGGAAAAUAAAGGGACACAAUCUUGUAUUUCUUCAAAAAGAAAAUGCAAUUUCUAUCAUUUGAUGAAGUUUCAUUUGCCUGACAAUUAUGUGCUGUUCUUUAGAAAUCCAUUAGCCAGCUAACUCUCACUAUUCAUACAACUGAAGUACUCAAAUAGCAAAUGAAUGAAUUCCUACAAGACAUGAAAUAAAACACAGCUACUCCACUGUUACCAGGAAAAAAAUUCAUGUCAAAAUUGUCAAUGACAUCAUGUAUCAAUUUGUGGAAAACUACCAUGGUGAGGCAAAAGGCCCAUAAAGCAACAGCAAACAGGGGAAACACCAACUGUUCCAAAAGAAUGUGUUUUUCUCCUGUUCUGGAAAUCAACAUGCAGUCUGAAUCAAACGUCACGGUGCGAGAUGACAUUGAUGACAUCGACACCAAUAUGUACCAGCCACUGUCAUAUCCAUUAAGCUUUCAAGUGUCUCUCACUGGAUUCCUCAUGUUAGAAAUCGUGCUGGGACUUGGCAGCAACCUUACCGUAUUGGUACUUUACUGCAUGAAAUCCAACUUAAUCAACUCUGUCAGUAACAUUAUUACAAUGAAUCUCCAUGUACUUGAUGUAAUAAUCUGUGUGGGAUGUAUUCCUCUAACUAUAGUGAUCCUUCUGCUCUCACUGGAGAGUAACACUGCUCUCAUCUGCUGUUUCCAUGAAGCUUGUGUUUCCUUUGCAAGUGUUUCAACAGCAAUCAACGUUUUUGCUAUUACGCUGGACAGAUAUGACAUCUCUGUAAAACCUGCAAACAGAAUUCUGACAAUGGGCAGAGCUGUAAUGCUAAUGACAUCCAUUUGGAUUUUUUCUUUCUUCUCAUUCCUGAUUCCCUUCAUUGAAGUAAAUUUUUUCAGUCUUCAAAGUGGAAAUACAUGGGAAAACAAGACAUUGCUGUGUGUCAGUACAAGUGAGUACUAUACUGAGCUUGGGAUGUACUAUCACCUUCUAGUUCAGAUCCCCAUCUUCUUCUUCACAGUUGUAGUCAUGUUGAUCACAUACACCAAGAUACUUCAGGCUCUUAAUAUCCGGAUAGGCACUAGAUUCUCAACAGGACAGAAGAAGAAAGCCCGGAAGAAAAAGACAAUCUCUCUAGCCACACAUGAGACUACAGACAUGUCUCAAAGCAGUGGUGGGAGGAAUGUUGUAUUUGGUGUGAGAACUUCAGUUUCUGUAAUAAUUGCCCUCCGGCGAGCUGUGAAACGCCACCGGGAACGACGAGAAAGGCAGAAAAGAGUCUUCAAAAUGUCGUUAUUGAUUAUUUCUACAUUUCUUCUCUGUUGGACACCAAUUUCUGUUUUAAAUACCACCAUUUUAUGUUUAGGCCCAAGUGACCUUUUAGUAAAAUUAAGAUUGUGUUUUCUAGUCAUGGCUUAUGGAACAACUAUAUUCCAUCCUCUCUUGUAUGCAUUCACCAGACAAAAAUUUCAAAAGGUCUUAAAAAGUAAGAUGAAAAAGCGAGUUGUUUCCAUAGUUGAAGCUGAUCCCAUGCCUAAUAAUGCUGUAAUACACAACUCAUGGAUAGAUCCUAAAAGAAACAAAAAGGUACCCUAUGAAGACAGUGAAAUAAGAGAGAAAUGUUUAGUACCUCAGGUUGUCACCGACUAGAAAAAAAGUCUCAGCUUCACCAAAUACAUUCAGAAGAGUUUUAAAUUUAAAUUGUAAAAAUGAAGUACUGCCAAAUGUAAGAGAAAACAUUCUAGGUAUUGGUUAUGUUGUAAAUUUUCAAUGUGAAUGUCAAUUAGAUUAGGUCAUAUAUAUUCAAUUUCUUCAUUAUUUAAUGUAUUUGUUGCAUGGCAGUUUGUUAAAAAGUAAUACCAUGUGUAUAUUUUGUCAAUAUUAUGUCCAUCAGAAGAUAUCCAUGUAAGUCAUAUUUUCUAAAGAAUAAAUAUGUAGCCUUAAAACAGUGUAUAACUUUAAAAUGUAACUGACACAGGUAUCUACAUUUUUAAAAAUGUAUGAAGUCUAUUAUUUCUAAGCCACGAACUACAGAUAUAUUUAUAUGAUGACAAGUUGCAUAAAGUAUUUAACACAAAAAAAUUAUAGGCUCAAAAAAAAUCAAAGCAAGAUUUUCUGUACCACUAUGCUAUGUUUCUGAUAUGACUGACUUGUUAUAACAUUUUAACAACAAAAUAAUGAACUAUAUAUAAACCUUAUUUCUUUUGAAUGUAGGAAAUAUAGGCUAUACUAGUAUUUCAAAACCAUGAGUCAGUGAAUAAAUAAACCCUGUAUACGCAUACAAAAAUAGGGAAACCUUAAAAUUCAAGUUUACUAUAAAAAGAAAAGAGACUGAAUUCUAUUACAAGGGUAAUAUGCCUAUAAUACAAAUGAACCAACAAUAAAGGGAGGGAAGAAAGUCACAGUAACACCAGCCUUAUUCCUCCGUCCUCAUUUUGCCUAAUCCUACACCAAAAAUGUCCUAGGCUAAAAGAAAACACUGGUCUUAAAAAGCUGCAAUAAAGUAAUUUUUCACUUAACUCUACUAUUUUGUAUACAAGACAUUAACCAUGCAAAUAGGAAGACUGAGCAGAAGAUGAAGACCAUUUCUGUCACUGUAGAAAAGCAUGACACAGGCAGAUGUUUCUAAUUUUGGAUAUAUAGCAACUUAUGUGAGACAGAAUUUAUACAACAUUCCUUUCCAGCCUUCAAAAUACAGCAGCUCUGUUUCCAGUCUCCAGGAGAUUAAACCAAUAAUAAAUUGUGUCACAUUUCUGUUCCACCACCAUGUAACUUCAACAUUUUUCUCUUAAAUCCUCAACUGUUGUUAGAAAAUGAUUAUUCGUUGUAAUUAUAGAUUGUAAUUAUAGAUUGCUACUUUCAUAGCAAACAAUAAUUUCUUACUUGUUAUAAUAAUCUGGCAAUGCAUAGUAAUACCAAAACUUAGCAACAACUUAUUUAAAAUAGGUAAGUACCUGCUAUAUGUAACUGGAUAGCUUGACAAUAAUUAUUCUAUAUUUUAAAUACUAUAUUCACUAAUGAAGUAACAUACUUUUUAAAUUUAAAACCUCAUGGUAAACAACUCAAUAUAUAUCACUUUUUAUACAAAGGUAAGAUUCAUCUAAUCAACUUUACUGACUAGCCUAGUCCCUGGGGAAAUGAGUGUGAUAAUGGAGCUUGAAGUCACUAAGGUUUCUGGAAAAUUAAACUGAUUCAUUUCUGAUUAUAAUAUGAGAGUGUCAAAACUUGGCAAAGACCCACUUUCCUUCCGCUUUAUGAAAUUUAAAAAAUGCUACAGUUUGAUAAAUUGUAGCAUUAUCAAAUAAAAUUUAUUUUUGAAACCUAAAAUUAAGACUUAAUGGUGUUAAGAAUUUUUUCACUCAAUAAAUACAUUUGGCUUACAAUAUAUUCUAACAUCUUAAUUACAACUUUUAAUGCAUUUUUUACCUGAACUUCCAGACAUAAGUUAAAAUGCUAACACCUAGAUUUAUAAAAUCUUAAUUUUAAAA